AUGGAGCGCCACAAGCAGGCCGUCACAAAAAUCGCUGCCGCCGUCCGUGGCUACUUUGAGCGAUCCGAGCCCUACCGCAUCUUCCACGGCUCGACCAACAGCACGCGACCUCGUCCCAAGACCCGUCUCGUCGAUAUCUCCGGCCUCUCAAAUGUCAUCUCCGUCGAUCGGGCUACCCGCACCGCGCUCGUGGAGCCCAAUGUGCCCAUGGACCGGCUGGUCGAGAGCACCCUCCCCCAUGGGCUCGUGCCCCCGGUCGUGAUGGAGUUCCCUGGUAUCACCGCUGGCGGCGGCUACGCUUCGACGGCAGGCGAGUCAAGCUCGUUCAAGCACGGCUUCUUCGACGACACGAUUGAGAGCGUGGAGAUGAUCCUGGGCAACGGCGAGGUCGUCAAGGCCUCCCGGAAGGAGAGGGCCGAUCUUUUCGAGGCCUCGGCCGGCGCAAUGGGCACACUGGGCAUGACGACCCUCAUCGAACUGCGACUCAUUGAGGCUAAGCGCUUCGUCCACACCACCUAUCACCGCGUGAACAGCGUCUCCGAGGCCAUCAAGCGCAUCCAGGAGGAGACAAAGAACCCAGAGAACGACUACGUCGACGGCAUCAUCUUCUCCCGCUCCCAUGGUGCCAUCAUUACAGGCCGUCUAAGUGACGAGAAGCCAGCUGAAGUGGCGCCCCAGACCUUCAGCGGUGCCUGGGAUCCCUGGUUCUAUAUGCACGUCCGAGAGCGCACUGCCCAAGAGUCGAAGCCUGUCGAUUACAUCCCCUUGGGAGAGUACCUCUUCCGCUACGACCGUGCCGGGUUCUGGGUGGGACAGCAGGCAUUCGUGUACUUCUGGAUGGUCCCCUUCACCCGCUUCUUCAGGUGGUUCCUCGACGACUUCCUCCACACCCGCAUGCUCUACCGCGCCCUCCACGCCAGCGGCGAGUCCGGCCGCUUCGUCGUCCAGGACCUCGCCCUCCCCUACGACACCGCCGAGGACUUCAUCGACUACACAACCGAGCACUUCGACAUCUGGCCCCUCUGGCUCUGCCCCCUCAAGCAGCACGCUCCCCCCACCUUCCACCCCUUCACCGGCGAGACCGACAAGGACGGCUCCCCCAAGGACAUCCUCAACAUCGGGCUCUGGGGCUGGGGGCCCAGGGACCCCAAGGAGUUCGUCGCCAAGAACCGCGAGCUCGAGGACAAGCUCGUCGAGCUCAACGGCAAGAAGUGGUUCUACGCGCACACGUACUACCCGGAGGGCGAGUUCUGGAAGAUGUACGACAGGAAGUGGUACGACGGCCUAAGGGAGAAGUACCACGCCACCACCCUCCCCACCGUCUACGACAAGGUCCACGUCGAUAUCAACGCCCGCAGCAGGGAGCUGCAGACCUGGAGGCAGUGGAUCAAGAGCGUCACGCCCCUGGGUGGCCUGUAUGGCAUCUACAGGGCCAUCCAGACGGGUGACUACAACUUGCACCGACAUGCCCUGUGGAAGUACAAGGAGAAGAAGGACUAA